GCGAUUACGUAUCUUAAAAAAAAAUAACAAAGAAAUGAGAUGUAAUUCGUUUAACUAAUGAUAGAGGCAUUCUCUAGCAAACCAGCAGCUCGUACCUCAGCAUGAUAGCGAUAUUAAGCUAUUAAACUAAUCCAAAAGGUCAUUGACCAAUAUACAAACAUCUGUUAUCCAAGAAACUCAAUACUACACGCAACACCAAACCCCAAAGACUCGAUCUUUUUUGGUUCUUUGAGAUUAUAAAGUUUGAUACUUUUCAGUUUUUUUUUUUUUUUGGAUUUAAUGGGGUAUAAUAACCAGCCUGAUCCAGAUGCUGUUCGGUGGGGUCUACACGACCUCGAGGUUUGUACACUCACAAACGCUGGCUCUUGCCGCAGCGUAACGCGUUACGAGACGGAUGGUGUAGCUGAUCAAGGCUAUGUUAGAGAAGGUUACAACAACAACCAGACUUUGACUGGUAGUUAUGUCGACAAUGAUGCUGUCAUCGCUCAGUUUUACCAAGACGAGUUGUCUAGAGUUGAUCGAGCUGAAGCAUCUAAUGAUCCUAGUCGAACUUCAGUUGUUGAACAAGAAUGGCCUCCUCACCCUCGUCAAGGGGAAGCCAUUGAUAUUUCUCAUGAAAGAGAUGGCAUGGAAGAUAAGAACGUUGCAAGGUUAGGGAAUCAAGGGGAGGGAAGUUCCCCAGGUCGUGAUGAUGAUGAAUCAGUUUGUUCUAUAGAAAUAGAAGAAGAGUCUUGGUCUGACUUUGGGAAGCGACUCAACCACAUGAUUCCUAUUGCUCAUGUGCCUAAAAUCAAUGGAGAGUUACCGUCAGAGGAUGAACAGGUUUCUGAUCAUCAACGGCUAUCUCAGAGAUUACAGCUUUAUGGCUUGGUGGAGAACAAGAUUCAAGGAGAUGGAAACUGCCAGUUUCGAGCACUAUCAGACCAGCUUUACCGCUCUUCAGAGCACCAUAGUGCUGUUAGAGAACAAGUUAUUAAUCAGCUUGCGUAUAAUCGAGAGAUGUAUGAAGGCUAUGUUCCAAUGGCGUACAACGACUAUCUUAAAACAAUGAAACGGAAUGGAGAAUGGGGUGAUCACGUGACUCUUCAGGCUGCUGCGGAUUGGUUUGGUGUUAGGAUGUUUGUGAUAACUUCAUUCAAGGAUACAUGUUACAUUGAGAUCUUGCCACAUUUGCAGAAGUCCAAUCGCCUUAUAUGUUUAAGCUUCUGGGCUGAGGUUCAUUACAAUUCAAUCUAUCCUGAAGGAGAGCUGCCGGCACCUGAGGGCAAGAAGAAGAAGAAGAAAUUUUGGGUUUUCUGAACUCUCUUUCUUCUGAAGGGAGCACAAAGUUGAGGAAAGAAGUCUUGAGUACAUCAUCAUGUUUAUUCUUUUUUACUAACGUAACUUAGAAUCUAUAGAGCAAUGUGAUCUUUGUAUAUACUGAAUAUAAUCCCAUCAAAGUAUUAACCAU